AUGUUUUUGAACACAGCAUCUCCCCGGAGGUCAUUCAACAUCCCCAUUAACAUCAAUCUGCAGGGCGCGCGCAGACGUCAGACACGAGAGCUCCUGAAUGCAGCGGCCACUCCGGAGCAGGAGUGGAGUAGAGGAGGGGAUUCACACAGGACCCACCGCAGUAGGACCCCCAUGUCUGUGUCCAGUAUUGGGGAGGACAGAGCCAUCCUGCUGGGCUUUGCUAUGAUGGCCUUCGCUGUGCUUAUGUUUUGUGUGGUCGGAUUCACCAUUGUCAAGCCAUACAUUAACAGUGAUUGGGAGAUGCGAGCCAACUGCACCCUGGUCCACACACAAGUGCUGGAGGAGUGGGUGAGCUGCCGAGGAGUGAGCAUUGUCCCGUGUCUCCAAGCCACGGUGAACCUUAGCGGGACAGGACCCAUGGGACAGGGGCUGCUGCAUUAUGACGAGGAGGCUGUGCUGCUCACUCCAGAGUGUUUCUAUGUACCCAAGUGUCAACUGGAAGCUGCGGCACUUGUCUCUGAAGUGGAGGAGGUGAAGAGGAGGUUGGACACAUACCUGGGGAGGACAUUUACCUGUCUCACCGACCAAUCACUGCAGCCCAAAGACGGAAUCCUGGAGCGAAAGUAUUGUCUCCGGACGGUCUUACUGGCUCUGCUUUGGCCCUGUAUGAUGCUGGGGGGCGGGGUCCUGCUGGUGGGCCUGGUCAAACUCACCCAGUACCUGUCCCAUCUGAGCAGCGAGGGAGGACUCAACAGACAAACUAAACUGUAUUCACUACUCAGGCAGACUAGUCUCCUGUCCCCUGCAUAG